GAAUUAGUGACGAAUAAGGUUAAUUUUAUUGAUAUUGGAUGUAAAGUCGCUAAACUAAUAUGAUAAUUACCAAAUCGAUUUAUUAAACACGAUUUUCGCAAUUGUGAGCAACAGAAUAAAUGAAAGAAAUGGAGGAUAAGUGGAAACUAGUAGCAGCGUUUCUCCAAAAUAAAGGUUUGGUGAAACAGCAUAUAGAUUCUUAUAACUAUUUUAUUAACGAGGAAAUAAAAAACAUUGUUAAGGCAAAUGAAAAGAUUCAAAGUGAUGAGGAUCCACACUUUUAUUUAAAAUAUUUAAACAUACAAGUUGGCAGACCCAAACUUCAAGAUAGUUGUACGUUAAAUCGAGAUUAUGAUACAACACCACAUGAGUGCCGUCUAAGAGAUUUAAAUUAUUCUGCUCCAAUUGAAGUAGAAAUUGAAUAUGUAAGGAAUAAUCCGGACAAUAAGGAAGGAGGGGGAAGGCAGCGAACAUGGAAAAAAGUGGUCAUUGGAAUGAUGCCAAUAAUGUUGCGCAGUUCUAACUGCGUGUUAACUAAAAAAUCUGAGUCCCAGUUAGCUAAAAUAAACGAAUGUCCGCACGAUCCUGGUGGUUAUUUUAUCAUAAAUGGCCAGGAAAAAGUUAUAUUGAUACAAGAACAGAUGGUCAGGAAUAGAAUAAUUUUAGAGGAAGACAGCAAAAACUGCGUCGUCGCAUCAUGCAAUAGUUUUACUCAUGACAAAAAGACAAAGACGAAUGUUGUCGGUAAAUCCGGAAAAUAUUACCUGAGACACAAUAUGUUUCAAGAUGAUAUAUUGAUAACCAUUAUUUUUAAAGCUAUGGGCAUAAUAAGCGAUUUGGAGAUCAUGCAAAUGGUCGGGACGCAAGAAAAAUAUUUGGACAAGUUUGCGGCUAGUCUAGAGGAAUGCCAGAGAGAAGAUGUGAAUAUUUUUUCGCAGGAUCAGGCAUUGAAGUACCUCAACAGCAAACGGAAGCAGACGAGAUUUUAUGUCCCAAAAUCUCGCGUUACUGAUGAGAUGAAAGACGCAUUAGCAACAAAUAUAUUAUCCCACGUACCUGUUAUCGAUUUCAAUUUUAGACCAAAGGCGCUAUAUCUCGCCCUGAUGAUCAGGAGAGUUAUAAACGCGCAAUCCGAUCGCAGUCUGAUUGACGACAAGGACUAUUACGGUAAUAAACGUCUGGAACUGGCUGGUUCCCUUCUCGCCCUUAUGUUCGAAGAUCUGUUCAAAAGAUUUAAUUGGGAGCUCAAGCAAAUUGCUGAUAAGAAUAUCCCCAAGAUAAAAGCAGCUGCGUUUGACAUAGCUAAGCACAUGAGACACGACCUGAUUACCAAUGGAUUGGCAUUCGCUAUAUCGUCGGGUAACUGGACAAUCAAGAGAUUUAGAAUGGAGAGGCAUGGUGUGACGCAGGUGUUAGCACGACUGUCGUACAUCUCCGCGCUUGGCAUGAUGACGCGAGUCCAGUCGCAGUUUGAGAAGACCAGAAAGGUUUCUGGUCCACGUUCAUUGCAGGGCUCGCAAUGGGGCAUGCUGUGCCCAAAUGAUACGCCUGAGGGAGAAGCCUGCGGCUUAGUGAAGAAUCUGGCUCUGAUGGCUCACAUCACCACAGAAGUGCCAGAAGAGCCGAUAAUAAAGCUGGUGCUUAAUCUCGGCGUGGAGAACAUUUACGGUCUCUCUGGAGAGGAGCUAUCCAACGUAGAUGUGUACACGGUUUUCGUGAACGGCAUCGUGGUAGGCAAUGUGCAGAAUCAUCAGAGACUAGUGCAUCAAUUUAGAUUAUUGCGUAGAAAAGGAUAUAUCAGCAGUUUUGUAUCGAUAUACACGCAACAUCGGCACAAAUGCAUUCAAAUUAGCUCCGACGGUGGGCGACUGUGCAGGCCAUGCAUCAUUGUUAAAAAUGGGAAGCCUCUUGUUAAACCAAAAUGCAUAGAAGAUCUUGAACGAAAUAUUACAUCGUUUGAAGAUUUCCUUUAUGAUGGAUUAAUUGAAUAUUUAGAUGUAAACGAAGAGAAUGAUAGUUUAAUCGCCUGUACGGAAUCUGAAAUCAAUAACAACACGACGCAUCUGGAAAUCGCAGAGUUCACGGUGUUGGGGGUGUGUGCCGGAUUGAUACCAUAUCCCCAUCAUAAUCAGAGCCCGAGAAACACUUAUCAGUGCGCUAUGGGUAAACAGGCUAUGGGAAUCAUAGGGUACAAUCAGCGUAAUCGCAUUGACACAGUGAUGUACAAUCUGGUGUAUCCGCAAACACCCAUAGUGAAAACCCGAGCAAUCGAGUUGAUCAAUUACGAUAAAUUGCCAGCCGGUGAAAAUGCAAUUGUCGCUGUUAUGUCGUACAGUGGGUACGAUAUCGAGGACGCAUUGAUCUUUAACAAAGCCUCUGUUGAUAGAGGAUACGGGAGAUGUCUAGUAUAUCGAAACGCAAAAUGUACACUGAAGAAGUAUGCCAAUCAAACGCAGGACAGAAUCAUGGGACCAUCGAUAGACAUCAACACUAAGAAGCCUUUAUUGAAGCAUGAAAUCCUCGACAGUGAUGGCAUUGCAGCACCUGGUGAAAUGGUGGAAAAUAAGACGGUAAUGGUAAACAAGUCGGUGCCGGCGCCAAAUGAGAAUAUCGGCCCGGUGAGAUCCGGCAAUGUACAAACUCAAACGGAAUAUCGAAAUGCAGAAAUCCAAUUCAAAGGUUUAGUCCCAGCAUAUGUGGAAAAAGUUAUGAUAUCUAAGAACGCGGAUGAUGCCUUUUUAGUAAAGCUAUUGUUGAGGCAAACUCGAAGACCAGAAAUCGGCGACAAAUUCAGUAGUCGCCACGGACAGAAAGGUGUUAUAGGUUUAAUAGUCGAGCAAGAAGAUAUGCCAUUUAACGAUCAUGGUAUGUGUCCCGACAUAAUUAUGAACCCACAUGGUUUUCCUUCUAGAAUGACAGUUGGUAAACUGAUAGAGGUACUUGCGGGUAAAGCUGGUGUCGUGAAUGGAAGAUUCCAUGAUUCUACAGCGUUUAGUAACGCCAAAGUGGAAGAUAUCUGCGAAGAGUUGGCGAAGAAUGGUUAUAAUUAUUUGGGUAAAGAUUUUUUCUAUAAUGGUAUGACUGGAAGACCGCUAAUGGGAUACAUUUACUCGGGACCAGUUUAUUAUCAAAAAUUGAAACAUAUGGUACAAGACAAGAUACAUGCUCGUGCCAGAGGACCAAGGGUAGUCCUAACACGUCAGCCGACAGAAGGACGUGCUAGGGAAGGUGGUUUGCGACUGGGUGAAAUGGAACGUGACUGUCUAAUUGGUUACGGGGCUAGUAUGUUAUUAGUAGAGAGGCUUAUGAUAUCGAGUGAUGCUUUUAAGGUCGAUGUUUGUAACAAAUGCGGUCUAAUAGGAUACAAUGGUUGGUGCCAGAGAUGCCAAUCUAGCUCUUCCGUCUCGACAAUAACAAUGCCUUAUGCUUGUAAAUUAUUAUUCCAAGAACUACAGUCUAUGAACGUAGUACCACGUUUGUCCUUAAAGGAAUAUUGUGAUUGAUAGUUUAAAAAAUGUAAAAAAUGAAGAUUAUGGUUCAACAAUAAAAAGACUUCAAAUAUGGU